AUGAGUGAAAGAUCACACAAGAGUGAGACAGUGAGUCAACCUUUUAGACCAAACAGUCUCGAUUAUUACCAAACAGUCCAACAGUUACGCACCCAAGAUGACUGGUCAAGUGGUCAGCAGUAUAAAACAGCCUUCUUCUUCCAUCCACACUCUGUUCCUGAGAAAACCAUGACCGCUGAAAUUCUAGUAGUACCCAAAGAUGGCAAGGGCCACCUCUUCCCCUGCCUCCAGCUCUGCAACCACCUCACCUCCCGUAAUUACCAUAUCACCCUCAUCCUCGAAUCCGACCUCACCUCCUCUAUCCCCUCCUGCCUCCUCCACUCACCCCUCUUCAGACUCACCAUCCUCUCCUCCUGCUCAACCCCGUCGCCUUUCCCCAGCCGCCACACGCUUCAGGGCCUCGAGCCGCUCUUGGCCCAACUUCGCCCUGACCCGACCCGGCCCGUUUUCGCCGUCAUAGACCACAUUAUGAGCAAGACCCAGGAAGUGUUCUGGAAGUUCGGCAUUCCCACGGUUGUCUUCAUCACCUCCGGCGCCGCCUGGGCCGCCAUCCAGCACGCUGUCUGGGUCGUCCGACCCGGCGACAUGAAACCCGGCGAGGCUAGAGCUCUUCCCGGGUUACCCGAAAACAUGGUCGUUACGUACUCGGAUCUCCAACAAAGGCGUGCUUGGAUUCCCUCACCGCCGCCGCACAAGAAACCUUCCCAGUCCGGCGGUCCCGGCGGGAUGAAACCGCCGCGUGGACCGCCUCUGCCCGGAGAACCGGCGCCGUGGGUGGAAGAGGUGAAGAGCUCCUCCGCGAUACUGAUCAACACGUGUGACGAUCUCGAGCGUCCGUUUCUUGACUACGUUUCCGAGUUGACCGGGAAACCCGUCUGGGGAGUGGGUCCCUUACUGCCGGAGCAGUACUGGCAGUCGUUCGAGUCCCUGGUGAACGACCCGGAGAUCCGACCCAAGCGAGAAUCCAACUACACAGAGGACGAGGUCAUCCAAUGGCUCGAUUCCAAGCCACGGGGCUCAGUUGUCUACGUGUCAUUCGGUAGCGAGGUGAAUCCCACAGAGGAGGAGUACCCGGAGCUGGCCAAAGCGCUGGAAGAGUCGACCCGGCCGUUCAUAUGGGUCAUCCAACGCAAGUCCGGAAAACCGGGUCCCGGGUCGGGUCCGCCCGGAGAGAGCUACUUCCCACACGGGUUGGAUGCGAAAGUGGGGAAGAGAGGCCUAAUAAUUCACGGCUGGGCUCCACAGCUGCUGAUACUGAGCCACGCGUCGGCAGGCGGGUUUAUAUCUCAUUGUGGGUGGAAUUCCACGCUGGAAGCGGUGGUACGUGGCGUGCCGCUAUUGGCGUGGCCAAUUAGGGGCGAUCAGUACUACAAUGCGAAGAUGGUGGUGAGCUAUCUCAGAGUUGGGAGUUUGGUGGCUGAGGGCUAUCCGGCUGAUAAGGUGACCAAGGAGGACAUAGUUGUUGGGUUGGAGAGGAUUUUGGAGGAUGAAGAGAUAAGGAAACGAUCGGCGGCGAUCCGGGACAAGUUCGAGAACGGCUAUCCGGCAAGCUCGUUGGCUUCACUGGAUGCGUUUUGUGACUUUGUCAACAAUAAAUUUGUAUAGUAAUGCAUAUUUCCCCUCCUAUAGACGAUAUUACAUAGAGUCCACAGUUUCCAAACAAAUUAAUAAAGAUCAUCUGAGAAAUGUGGCAAGAGUGAACAAACUU